AUGAACUUCAUGGGCCUCCUGGUGGUUCCCUCCUAUUUGGUGAUGUACAAACUGCCGCGCUGGCAGCUGCGAGCAGGCUUUUGGCUUGCGAUGACCUUGGUGGGUGCAGCUUCAGGUCCUUUAGGCUUGUCCUUCUGCGUAUCUGUCUUCAUUUUUGCGGCGCCGGUGAUCUUCGACCUGCGACUGAGUGCCUGGCCCGGGUUCUUGGCCUGGAUGGAAGGCCAGGGCUUCAAAAGGUUCCUGGCGAGGUGCGAGCUGCGAGGAUGCCUUGACGACGUGAAGCCAGAGAAGACACUGUUUGCAUUCCAUCCACAUGGAGCAGUUUGCUUUGGCUUCACGGUCAACGGAAUUUUUGAUUCAAAAUUUGUGAGCAAGUCUGCGAAGAUAGCUUUUUUGAUUGAUGACUUCCUGCGCAACGGCAACCCUAUCUUUCGAUUGCUCUGCGACACGUAUUCAACAAGAUCUUGGGAGAUGUCAACCGCCGACAAGUCCACAGUACACAAGCUGAUGUCUCAAGGGGCGAAUGUAGCUUUGGCCUUGGGUGGGUUUGAAGAAGCCACAGUCUGUGAAACUGGCAAGAAUCGAGUGGUGUUGAAAUCCCGGAAAGGCAUCAUCAAGUAUUGCUUGCAGCACGGCUACAGGAUUCAUCCUGUUUAUUCCUUUGGGGAGGACGAGACUUAUUCGUUUAUGCCGGGGCUGAUGAGCUUUCGGCUGUGGUUGAAUCAGUUCAAAAUUCCCGCGGUUGCUUUCUUUGGAGAUCUUAUGACUCCUUGCUUGCCGAGACGGCAGGCGAGAAUGCUGACGGUUGUCGGUGAAGCGAUCCAGUGCCCGCAGAUCCCAGCGCCAACCCAAGAAGACGUUGACCUUUGGCAUGCCAGAUAUGAGAAAGCGCUCACCUCCACCUUUCAGCAGUGGAAGGCCGAAGCCGGAAGACCACACGCUGAGUUGGAGGUCUUUUGA